CCCCCCCCUUCCUCCCGACGCCAUGAGCUCCUCCCGCUCCGGCCCUCAGGACGAGCGGGCGCCCGGGGCCAAUGACGACGUCCCGCGCCGGCCCCUCCCCCCGAUGCAAUUCCGCCUGUUCCUGCCGCGUUGGCCUCCGGGAUCGCCGGAGUCGCCGCCCUCGCCGGAGGCCCGGGCGAUGGCCGGGGCCCCCCCCCCGGCCACCGGGGAGGAAGACCACCUGCAGCAGGUCCUACGCCGGGUGCCGCGGAUGGUGUCCUUCCUGCUUGACUGCCCGAGCCUCGGGGCCCUGGCCCACGAGGCGGCCCUGAGCAUUGUGAUUUGCUCGUACUCGGAGACGCUGCAUCCGCCGGAUUUGGCCUCCUUCAGCCGCGAUGACCGGGUGACCAUCCUGGACACGGCCAAUCAGCUGGCCCGGCGGAUGUCCUUCUUCUACCUGCCGCCGGCCACGAGCUGGUCGAUGGCGGUGUCCUGCCGGGUGCAGGUGUUCGACGAGACCGGCUUCAGUACCAUUGUCUGCGGGGCCAGCCCAUCGGAGAUGGUCAGCGGCGUGGCCAUCCUGGGCGUGCCGCUGGAUGCGUCGCCGCCGCUGUCGCCCCGGGGAUCGGGCUCCGGUGGUGCAUCGGUCCCCGGAGCCGCCCUUUGCGAGGCCCCCGAGGACAUUGUGGUUGAGCAUCUGGUAGCCUUCUUCCGGGAGCUGCUGGACAACCCGGUGACCGGGCACCCGGAGGGGGCCUUCCACCCGGGGCAGUCGCUGGACCACAUCCCAAGCGCGGUGUAUCAGCCGGCCGGGGCCGGGGCGCUGCAGGGCACCGGCCCGAUGGGCUUCAUCCGCCAGCGCAUCGAUGACCUGAUGCGGCUGCUGUCCGGGCUGGGAGAGGCCCUGCAGCUGUCCAUGCGCCAGCUCUUCCUGUCGACGGAGCGUGCCCUGGGGAUUGUGUUUUCGGUGCCGGAGCCCGGGACCGCGGCCGGGGCCGCCGCCGGCGCCGCCGGCACCGGCCCGGUGGCCACCACCUCGCUGCUGGACACCCUGGUCGCGCUGCCGCGCCACAUUGCCCUCUUCAUGCAGGAGCUUGGCCAGCGAAUCUUCCUGGACUUCCGGUCCUUCUUCUCGGAGAUGGCCAAUGCGGUGCAGCCGCCGGUGCAGGUGCCCCCCAUGGCAGCUGGCGGCGGUGCCUCGGGCGAGGCGUCAGCCGCCCCCAUCCCAUCGAUGCCCCCGCAUGUGGCCUUUCAUGUGGCCUCGGCCCCGGGGGAGGUUUCCUCGGCCGCGAUGCCGGCGGCGGCCCUUCCCCUGGUGGUGUCUGGUGAUGGGGGGCCGGACUUCUCGGCGGCCGAGCCGACCGAGCCCCAUCAGCCGGGGGGCGUUGGCCUGCCGGCCGGGGCCCCGAGCACCCCGACCCCCUCUUCGCUGGCCGUGGAGUGCUCCUCCUCGCUGGCUUCCUCGCUGUCGUCAUCGGCCUGCCUGGCCGCCGUGGAUGGCUCCAUUCGCGAGGAGUCUGCUCCGGUGACCGGUACCCUGGUGGAGUAUGCGCGCAGCAUCGACUCGCCGACCGCCAGCCCCGGGUCGUGUGCCCCCUCGGAUGGCCAAGAUCCGAGCUCGGAUUCGGACGCCUGCUCUUCCAACUCGGAGACCAGCUCCUCCGACUCGGAGACCAGCUCCUCGGAUUCCGACACCAGCUCCUCGGAUUCCGACACCAGCUCCUCGGACUCUGGGACCAGCUCCUCCGACUCGUCCCCCGACUCCUCGCCGGAGCUCACCCCAGCGCCCUCCCCGCCUUUGACUCCACACCCCGAGCCUGAGCCUGCUCCUGAGCCUGCUCCUGAGCCCGCUCCUGAGCCUGCUCCUGAGCCUGCUCCUGAGCCCGCUCCUGAGCCUGGGCCCGAGCCUGCUCCUGAGCCUGAGCCCGAGCCCGAGCCCGAGCCCGAGCCCGAGCCCGAGCCCGAGCCCGAGCCCGAGCCCGCUCCUGAGCCCGAGCCCGAGCCCGAGCCCGAGCCCGCUCCUGAGCCCGAGCCCGAGCCCGAGCCCGAGCCCGAGCCUGCCCCUCAGCCUGGCGCCCCCAGCGACUCGGAGAGCAGUGUCCACCAUGCUGACGGGUCUAGCGACUCGUCUGGGGCCUCCUCCCGGGCCUCGUCUGCCCUGUCGUCGCCCCGGGCUCCUCCGAGCGGCGACCGGGACCUCCUGCUCGAUGAGGACUUCAUUCUGGUGGACUUCGACGCGGCGGUCAGCCUGCCGGCCACGGCCACCGACCCGUCCAUCCAGAUGGCCCCGCUUAGUGCGCCGAUCUCCUUCAGCGUCAGCAACAGCAGCAGUGGGAUAUCCUCCCCGACCGGCGGCGCGGGCACCGAUGCCGCCUCCCGGUCUAGUUCCGACUUCUCGGACAGCGACUUCAAGUGA